AGAAGCAGAAAGCCAACUGGCUUGCAAAGCUCAGACGCACAGAUCUCACAAAGCUUCUCCGACAAAUGGCGUCACGGGUCGUCGUCCUCCUCGUGGUCGCGGCGGCGUGCGUGCUCGGCGCCGCAGACGCGAAGCUCGGCAGGCUGGUCGUCACCGGCGUCGUGCCCUGCAACACCGGCAGCCUCAUCGAUAUCGCCACGUCCCCCGCCUUCCCAAACGCGGACGUGGAGCUGAGGUGCGCGGGGAAGCUGGUGGCGGGGGCGACGACGAACAGCAACGGGUCGUUCGCGAUGGAGGCGGACCUGACGAGCGGGCUGGCGAUGCUCAUCGGCGGGUGCAAGCUGGUGGUGGACACGCCGCUGAUCAAGUGCGACGCCAACCUGCCGGCGGCGGGGAGCCUCGUCUCCUACCUGCAGGGCCCGCUCACCAGGCUGCUCGGCGGCAUCUUCCGCCUCUUCCCCGCCGGCUUCUCCUUCCACGCCCACUAAUAUACAACAUCUCAUUAUGCAAAUCUCGAUUUGGUCCUAUCUUGUCUAUGGAAACUGGAUGUACCGUAAUUUCUACUAGUAGAAUACUAGUAGUACGUAGUACUGAUCUCAUCUGUAUCGCCUGUACGCUGAAGCUCAUUGGCCUGCUUAGAGCAGGAGUUGCGAAUGUUUUCUUGGUCAGAUGAAUGCUGUAUGGGUCUAAAAUUACUGUUACCUUGUUCUGAACCUAAGUUAAUGUCAAUGAUCGACUGAAUAUACAUGUUAGUCUCCUUCAA